AUGCUCCUCAAGGACUACCCCUCCCGCGACUGCGUGCACAAGGUGCUCGACGAGGCGUUCCUCUCCCGGCUCGACACCGUGAAGGAGCUCCUGGGGAAGUACGCCAGCCCCGACUUCAGGAUUGCCGUCGACAGCGACGAGCGAGAGGCGAUACAGAAGUUGAACCUGCACUCGGCGGUCCUGAAUGUGAAGCAUCUGCUCUGGCUCAUUGAGAGGAUGGUGGACAUGAGGGUGGCUGAUAACGCGGUGAAGCUUUGGAGCGAGCAGGUUGCGCUUGCUGCUGACUUGCAGAAGUUGCUCAAUGAUGCUGACAUGUGGAGGAACAUGGCUCCUGGGCUCCCGAUGCUUGUGACCAGAUGCACCCUCAGGCUCGCUCAUUCAGUUAUGAUUGGGGAGACACUGGUUCCUCGGCAGGUGAAUAGAAAGUUACUUCUGCAAAUAUCCGUUGGGUCCAAUAAGAUAAUGCACAGUAUGGUGAAAACACGCCCUUCGAACUGGUUCGAGCUAUUGGUGAAUGGAGAUGGUCUAAGAUUUUCUUUAGUAAGUGAAGUGGUAUUUUUUGAGAGCAAAUGUGUCCUGCCUGAGCCUGCAAUUAGGCCUUGUUUGGAUUACCAUUUCGUCUCAAAUACCGCUGUAGAAAAGACACAGAUCUCCGCCCAUCGUUUUGUUUCCAACUGGAAAUCUGCUAGUCGCCGGGACAUCGCCCAACCUAUGCACAGUGGAUACAAAUCGUCAAACUGCCAAGAGCUGGAGGAGACAUUUCUUAAGAUCAUCUCCACUUUGUCUGUCCCGGAUGCUCAGGAGCUGCUGCAACAAUGCCUCGGGUUCUCAACUCGCAACGUGGAUGACUGCCAGCAUUUGGUUACCGCCUUCAAGACAUGGUUCAGGCGAGCUUCCAGGGAUCCACAAGGUCCACAAGGUGGGGAAGACUGA